GUAAAGCAAGACCGGACUCGUAUUCAUGCUUUUAAAAUGAUGGACUGUGCUGAUUUUAAAAGUUGACCUGGGAUUUCUAGUUGUCAGAUGUCGAGGCAUGGCUUUCCUUGUAACUUGCUUAUUUCUGUCUUGUUACAGUGCGAGCAGUGUUUGGGGAAAUCAGCACAGUGAGACCAGUAUAUAUUUGGAUAACAUCACGCGUAUAUUGGAUAGAUUACUGGAUGGCUAUGACAACAGACUACGACCUGGAUUUGGAGGUCCUGUUACAGAGGUUAAAACUGACAUCUUUGUCACCAGCUUUGGACCUGUUUCAGAUGUUGAGAUGGAAUACACCAUGGAUGUGUUCUUUCGUCAGACAUGGAUUGACGAACGGCUAAAAUUUGAGGGCCCCAUCGAGAUCCUGCGGCUCAACAACUUGAUGGUCAGCAAGAUCUGGACACCAGACACAUUUUUCCGGAAUGGCAAGAGGUCGAUCUCUCACAACAUGACUACCCCCAACAAGCUGUUCCGCAUCAUGCAGAACGGAACUAUCCUCUACACCAUGAGAUUAACUAUAAAUGCCGAGUGCCCCAUGCGUCUGAUGAACUUCCCAAUGGAUGGACAUGCCUGCCCGCUUAAGUUUGGCAGUUAUGCUUACCCUAUCAGUGAAAUUGUGUACACUUGGAAGAAAGGUCCUCUGUCAUCUGUUGAGGUGCCACAGGAAUCAUCCAGUUUGCUGCAGUAUGACCUUAUUGGUCAGACAGUAUCCAGCGAGAGACUAAAAUCCAAUACAGGUGAAUAUGUCAUUAUGACCGUCCAUUUCCACCUGCAAAGGAAAAUGGGCUUCUUCUUGAUUCAGACUUACAUUCCCUGUAUUAUGACUGUCAUCCUGGCCCAAGUCUCGUUCUGGAUUAAUAAGGAAUCAGUUCCUGCUCGGACCGUAUUUGGUAUCACCACUGUCUUGACGAUGACGACACUUAGCAUCAGUGCCCGCCACUCGCUCCCCAAAGUCUCUUAUGCCACAGCCAUGGAUUGGUUCAUUGCUGUUUGCUUUGCCUUUGUCUUCUCCGCCUUGAUUGAGUUUGCAGCCGUCAACUACUUCUCCACCCUACAGGCCAACAGGGAGCUCAGGAAGGCAGCAGCCAUGAAGGCGGCAGCUCAGGAGGCAGCAGCUGCAGCCGCAGCACCCGCUGUAGCCACAGGGAAUGAUGGAGAGGUUUCCUCAGUGGAUGCCAGUAGUGUGCUGAAAAAGAGGAUGAACUCCACCCCGAUGUUUGACCGCCCUGCCAAAACAUUUCCCAACCCACCGGUCAAUGCCCAGGCAUUCCUGCAGCAAGGUUCAGCUGUACCAGCCAACAAUGUUCUGACUGGCACCAGCAUCAUUGACAAAUACUCACGCAUCCUUUUUCCCCUUUCGUUUGGCGCCUUCAACCUGGUCUACUGGAUUGUCUAUCUCACCAAGGACACAAUGGAGAUGUCCAGGGAUACCGUCUAAACCUAGGGUUUGUUCUCCUAGAAGUCAGACACACAUUCACACAUGCAUAUUCAGAUAUAUCUUUAUCAGCAUUUAUCAACAUUAAAACCAGCGACCACUGAAGUGAACAAGAUUAAUCAGUUAAUUUAAAUGCAGCACUCUUCUGGGAAACCUUGGUCUCUGGCAUUCUUAUGGAUAUGACUUUGACUUGAAAUGCCUACCAAACACACCCCACCAAUGCAGGAAUGGCUUGAAGAGCAUGACAAAGACAAAAGAUAACAGUCCCCACGGCCUAUUCUGAUGAAGCAUGAGUGGAAUUCUCCAGAACAAGCCACAAAUUCACAGAAGAUACACUCUUCAGACAUCAGAUACAGUACCAGAGGAUACCCAAGAGAUCCCAUGUCCAUACCCCAACAUGUCAGAGCUAUUUUUGUAGACCAAGUGGAAUCUAAUAUUAGGCGUGUGGAUUAAUUGUUAUGGCUGAUUUGAUAUACAUUUAUGAGAUGCAAAAAAAAAGUUUUACAUCUCUGCCUAUCAAAACAAAAACAAAAGCAGCCCCCAAGGAAUUAAUUAAUUAAAUCCUUGUGAUGAGCAAAACUGCUUCCAGUGCUCCUACUCUAUUUACCUUUCCAAGGAGCCAACUCAAGGAGACAAGUAGAGUUGGUGGUAAGUGACAGUUGGGUUGUUGUGGUCAAAAUCUAUCUUUGAAUGUACUGUGAGCACAUUGUAACCCAAUCUGGAUCAUUCGUGCCAAACACUUUCCCUUAAACAUCUCAAGGUGAUUGCAGAAUUUGAAAGUCUGAACCUGGAGUUACACAGUGCACAAAAGAAAAAAAUAAAAGAAGAACCAUGAUCCUGGUCAUGCUCCUGACCAUGUGCCACCCAUUUGGAAAUUGCAGUCCCUUCCACUACAGAUUGCCAUUUGUCUGGGAUGUAUCUGGCCCAGCUUUUAUCAUAGUUAUGAAAAUUUUGAUGAGAUCUGGUUUAAAUAAUCCAGAAAGAAUACCCAAGAAUAUUCAAAUAUAAAUUUUAGAAUAAUUUACUAUGU